CUGUCAAAUGCCCGAACAGUAGUGGCUGCCCUACCCUCCUCGUACGAAGUAUUGGUAGAGUAUAAGAACGUCUGAUGCUCAUGCAAUGUGAACAUUCAAACAACAGCUUACAUCUGCAUUGCUCAUCUGCAUCAAUAUCUUUGCUUGUCUCCAGUACACGGUUCCUUCCAUUAAUUCAAACUCUCCACCAUGAAGUUCUCCGUCGCUACUAUUCUGGCUGCUGCCCCAGCCAUCCUCGCCUCGCCUGUCAAGCGCCAGGAUACAGAGAAAUUUGGCCUGCUGAGCAUCCGCAGCGGCGAUAUAAACGUGCAUCUUCGUUCUAUCGAUGCUAUCAACGGCUACUUCUAUAUCGGCCGCCAGGCUGGCAAUGCCACUACACUCCAAGGCUCGAGCGAAUCCGGGUUCAGUCUCUCCACUUCUGCCCCCGGCGUUCAGCAAGUUUACGUUGAAGCCACUCAUGGGGCGAUCCCCGGCGCGCUUGCCUACAAUGCCGCCGGCAGCGAUGUUCCGGGUACCGGCAUAACCCAAGGUUUCAGCGUCGACGACAACAGCUUCUCUUUCGCUGGAGCUUCCUGGGUUGCCUGCCCGACUCAGGGCGCCUAUAUUGUUCAGACCGUUGCUGUUGAUGGAGAAGUUCCUGAGUUUUGCGUCGGCAUUGCUAUCAAGCCCAUUGUCGUGUAAUACCCAGCUUGGAAAACACGCGUAGACCUACAGCCACUUGGGGUUCUAUGUUAGGGAUUAGUUAAUUAUAAUACACGUCCAUUGGACACCUCACCGACCUUAGUUUGGAUGUCCGAUGCCACACUGCAAAUGAUUUACGCCAGCCAUGAAAUGAGUUGAUCU